GUGCCGGCGGCGCAUGUGCCCGGCAACCCCUCCCCGGCCCUGGAUUCCACUUCCCCUCCGCUCACGCUGCAGCCGCAGCCGCCUUCAGGCCCCGCGCCGCCUCCGGAGUCCAUGGCCGGGACGCGCUGGGUCCUCGGGGCGCUGCUCCGGGGCUGCGGCUGCAACUGCAGCAGCUGCCGGCGCACCGGCGCCGCCUGCCUGCCCUUCUACUCGGCCGCCGGCUCAUUCCCCUCGGGAGUCUCGGGCCGUCGCCGCCUGCUGCUGCUGCUCGGGGCCGCCGCGGCCGCCGCCUCUCACACGCGGGGCCUCCAUACUGGGCCUGUGCCGGCCGGGAGGCUGGCGGGGCCUCCCCCAGCGGCCGCCUCCGCCGCCGCCGCGGCCGCCGCCUCCUACCCGGCCCUGCGCGCCCCUCUGCUGCCGCAGUCGCUGGCGGCGGCGGCGGCGGGCCCGGCGCGCGGUUACAGCCAGGAGUCCAAAACUACCUACCUGGAAGACCUUCCACCUCUCCCUGAAUAUGAAUUGCCUCCGUCCAAGUUAGGAGAGGAAGUGGAUGACGUUUAUCUCAUUCGAGCUCAAGGAUUACCGUGGUCGUGCACUGUAGAAGAUGUGCUUAGCUUUUUCUCAGACUGCAGAAUUCGCAAUGGUGAGAAUGGAAUCCACUUCCUCUUAAAUAGAGAUGGGAAACGAAGGGGUGAUGCCUUAAUUGAAAUGGAGUCAGAGCAGGAUGUGCAAAAAGCCUUAGAAAAACACCGCAUGUACAUGGGGCAGCGGUAUGUGGAAGUAUAUGAGAUAAACAAUGAAGAUGUGGAUGCCUUAAUGAAGAGCCUGCAUGUCAAAUCUACACCUGUGGUAAAUGAUGGCGUGGUUCGCUUGAGAGGACUUCCUUACAGUUGCAAUGAGAAGGACAUUAUAGACUUCUUUGCAGGACUGAACAUAGUAGACAUUACUUUUGUCAUGGAUUAUAGAGGGAGAAGAAAAACAGGAGAAGCCUAUGUGCAGUUUGAAGAACCAGAAAUGGCCAACCAAGCCCUUUUGAAACACAGGGAAGAAAUUGGCAACCGAUAUAUAGAGAUAUUUCCAAGCAGAAGGAAUGAAGUUCGAACACAUGUUGGUUCUCAUAAGGGAAAGAAAAUGGCAUCUUCUCCCACUGCUAAGUAUAUAACUGAGCCAGAAAUGGUCUUUGAAGAACAUGAAGUAAGUGAGGAUAUCCGACCCAUGACGGCUUUUGAAAGUGAGAAGGAAAUAGAAUUGCCUAAGGAGAUGUCAGAAAAGCUUCCAGAGGCUGCUGAUUUUGGAACUACGUCUUCACUACAUUUUGUCCACAUGAGAGGAUUGCCUUUCCAAGCCAAUGCCCAAGACAUUAUAAAUUUUUUUGCUCCACUGAAGCCUGUUAGAAUCACCAUGGAAUACAGUUCCAGUGGGAAGGCCACUGGAGAAGCUGAUGUGCACUUCGAUACCCAUGAGGACGCUGUUGCAGCUAUGCUCAAGGAUCGGUCCCAUGUUCACCAUAGAUAUAUUGAAUUGUUCCUGAAUUCAUGUCCGAAAGGAAAAUAAGACUUCCAGGGAUUCCAGAAAAUAAGGAUGAAGCAAGAAGCAUUUCAUUUGCACAUCUUUCUUGGACAUGGGAUCUAAAGUUCCAGUUUUUUAGCAGCAACUGCUAGAGAAACCAUUUGGGGGUUUUGGGUUAAUUGCUUAUAAGAAAAAUUCCAUAAUAGACUGUUUAGAAAGAAAAAGGAAAGAUUCAGUUUGGGAUUAUGAAAUAAACCACAGAUUUACUUUUUUGUUUAAACUGUCCAGGAUCUGAUUUAAAAAUCUGGUCUUUAUUUUAAAUGAUUAAACAGUUUUCAUAGACGAUUUGUGACCCAGUGUAAAGACUACAUAUUUUUAUUCAGCACUGUCCUUUAAAAUCUUUCUCCCAUUUUAAAAAUGAUCUGUUUGAGGUUUUGUUUUUUGCCUGUGAAUUAAGAGCUCUGAUGAGAAACUUUUCAUGGAACGAAAUACUGAUUAUUUUAACCAAAUACUCACCAAAGCAAGGAAAGGUUUCAGACCUUUGAACCAUUAUGGUUUGGCAGAGUUAUUUUAAUUUUAGGCGUAUUUGGUUACUUAGAUAGGGUUAGGAAUUUUAAAAAAACAAUCAAAACAAAAAAUAAAUACCACAGGUUAGUGAGUGUAAAUGACAACAAUUUGGCAGUUUUAUGUCUUUAGAAAUGUUUUGCCUUUCUAAGCCUUGUACUAAAGGCAUUUAACAUUGGUGCCUGUAUAAUUAAGGAGGCAAUUAUAGUCUUAAUGUAAAAGUUGUCUGACCCCUGCCCCCCACCUGUUUUUGAUUUUGGGGUAGACCUUAAGGUGUGUGUUAGUCUCAGUACUGUGAAGUGACAUGUCAUAACAGUCCUGACUGGUAAGGACAUUAAUGGCUUCACUUGAAUUUAAACCAGCUCUAGAUAGGAAAAAAUCUGAGUCUCCUCAUUUGCUUUUUCAGUGGGGUAGCACAUUCCAUAUUUUAGAACAAGUAGGGGUGCCUUGCUUAACUAAAAAUAGCAUUUAACGUAUAAUCGUGUGAAAGGAUUAUGGAUAAAGCUGUAUUUCUGUCACAUUGUGGCAGUACUUUCUGCUUUAAUAUUAAACAGCUUGUUAUUUAAAUAUUGGAUCAAAAUGGCUGGCUUCAAAAUGUAGUCAUUAAUAAACUAACUUUAUGUGUACCUGUGUAGGAGAAUCAAAGUCCUGUAUGUUUUCUUUGCCUUGUUCCUGUUCUCAGGGUGACGACUGUCACGUGGUUACCAGGAGAUGCAAUUCUAGUUCUUAAAGUUUAAUUAGCCCAGAUUUCUGAGAGGUGGUAUCUGGAAGAGAGAUUAUGUCUUCUCUAACUUAAUACAUAACCAUCUUUGAUUACCAGCUAAGAUACGGAAUCACUGUACUGUAAGUAGUCAAUAAAUGAAGGUUUGUUUCAGGCUGAAGAUUA